AGUUUCCCAGGGAAGCCCGGCCACGCGAGAAAGCCAUUCCGCCGGCGCAUGCGUCUUCCUUCUUACCUGCUGUGCAUGCUGCUUGGGAGACGCCGUUUGGAGGCUUCUGACGUGCUGUACUUGGGCCCACGGGUCUUAGGUUGUUCCAGGUUUAGAAAUGUCUAAUGCACGAGAAAAGAAACAUGCCAAGAAAAUGAGAAACCAACCAACCAAUGUGACCUUGACUUCAGGUUUUGGAAUUACUGAUGAGAAAGGAGUAAAACAUCAUAAUGGAAAUGAAAAAUCUUUCCAUUAUCAAAAACAAGAGCCCCAUGCUGGAGCUGCACAGCAUCAGCAGCCAAAAUCGACACAUGUAUCUUCUGAACCUUGUAUGAAUGAACAACCUUCCAAGGGUCAUUGCAAAGGAGAAAAGGGCAAAGGACAAGCAGGAUGGAGAGGAGGGCACCAAGGUGCCACUCGGGAAAUCCCUAAAUAUAUAACUGCAUCUACUUUUGCACAGGCCCGAGCUGCUGAAAUUAAUGCCAUGUUGAAGGCAGUGACCCAGAAAUCUUCUAAUUCACUAGUAUUCCAGACUCUUCCCCGACAUAUGAGAAGGAGGGCUAUGAGUCAUAAUGUGAAACGCCUUCCUAGACGGCUGCGCGAGAUUGCUCAGAAAGAGGCAGAGAAAACAGAGCAUCAGAAGAAGGAACAUUCAAAAAAUAAAUGCCGCAAGGCUCGGAGAUGCCACUUAAACCUGCUCUUGGAAUUUAACCGAAGACAAAAAAAGAAUGUAUGGUUAGAGACGCACAUUUGGCAUGCCAAAAGAUUCCAUAUGGUGAAGAAAUGGGGAUACUGCAUAGGAGAGAGUCCCACAGUUAAGAGCUAUAGAGCUUCCUAUAGAGCAAUGACAAACCAUUGCCUCCUUCAGGAUUUAUCAUACUACUGUUGUCUGGAGUUAAAUGGCAAAGAGGAAGAAAUACUAAAGGCACUUUCUCGAAUGUGUAGCAUAGAUACAGGACUCACUUUUGCAGCAGUUCAUUGUUUGUCUGGAAAACGACAAGGCUCUUUAGUCCUUUAUCGGGCUGAUAAAUAUCCUGAAGAAAUGCUUGGUCCCAUUACAUUUAUUUGGAAAUCUGAGGAUGGCACUAUUACUACUCCUAUAAAUAGAAAACUAUGGUUAUGGACACAUCCAACCCUCAAACAGGACAUAUUAACUGAACUAAAAGUAGUAUGUCAGUGUGUACCACUUCCAGAAGUAGCUGCUUCUAUCCCUGAAGUAGUUUUGACACCACCUGAAGAGAAAAGCCACAUUGAGCAGACUAAGAACUGCAAGAAAAGAAAGAGGGAUGAUGGAGAGAAAAAUGCUAAUAACCCAGUGAAAAAAAUUGUGGGUGAUGGAACUAGAAAUCCAUUUCAACCAUAUUCUUGGACAUCCCCAGCAACUGGCAUUGUGAUCAGUGAUUUGACAAUGGAGAUGAACAGAUAUCGACUGAUUGGUCCACUAUCUCACAGUAUUCUUACUGAGGCACUGAAAACUGCUUCUCUCUAUACUGGGAUAGGAGAUGCAGAGACUUUACCUCACAGCUGGUGGAUUGAAACCUGUAAGAAUCCUGAUAGAGUAGCUGUCCAUCAUCAUCAAGAAGCCAUUUUUGAAUUAUUGGGAGGAAUAGCAUCUCCAGCAGAAAUUCCAGCAGGUACUAUCCUGGGUCUGACAGUUGGAGAUCCUCGAGUAAAUUUGCCUCAGAAGAAGUCCAAGGCUUUGCCCAAUCUAGAAAAAUGCCAAGAUAAUGAAAAAGUUAGACAAUUGCGCCUGGAGGGUGUGCCUGUGGAGUGUUCUCAUAGUUUUAUCUGGAACCAGGAUAUAUGUAAGAGUGUCACAGAGAAUAAAAUUUCAGAAAAGGAGUUAAACCAGAUGAGAAGUGAAUUGAUGGUGCCCGGGUCACAGCUUAAUUUAGGCCACCGUGAAUCCAAGAUACCCAUACUAUUGAUCCAGCAACCGGGGAAAGUAACUGGUGAAGAUCGACUAGGAUGGGGAAGUGGCUGGGAUAUCUUACUCCCAAAAGGUUGGGGAAUGGCUUUCUGGAUUCCAUUUAUUUAUCGUGGUGCACGAGUUGGAGGAUUAAAAGAAGGUCUCAUACACUCUCGGUAUAAGGGAGCACCCAGCAUCCCUGAUGAUUACCCAGACUGCCCUGCUGGAAUUUUGUUUGCUACAGAACAAGAAAAUAAUCUUCUGGAAAAAUACAAGAGACACCCACCUGCAAAGAGGCCCAACUAUGUCAAACAUGGUACUUUGUCACCUUUCCGAUGCCCUUGGGAACAGUUAACUCGAGAUUGGGAAUCCAGAAUUAAGGCUCAGGAGGAAUCGCCUGUGUCUCCUUGCUCGUCAGCCAAUGGCAAGAGUGACACUGGAAAGGAAGACACUUGUGUUGUGGAGGGUGAGCAGGUGCCACAGUUGACUUGUGAAACUGAGGCUUUGCAAGACAGCCCUGGGGAGCCAGAAGAGAUGAUGGACACAGAUUCCCAAGGUGCUACAAUGUCAAGAGACACAACAGAUGAAGACAUAUGUGGAAAAAAUGGUGGUAGAGCAAAGAGCACCUUCAAUGUUCUUAGGAAUAGGAAGUUAUUGAAGUACUUAUCAGCCUGGUGUCAGCCUGUUGGUAGAAGAAACCAAGCAGUCCUCCGAGCUUCCAGGAUGCAUCAGCAGGAGCUGACGAGAGCUACCUGCCUGUCCAUCUUAUGUAGCUAUCCAAGAUCCCUGGUGUGGGUCAGCCUCUCUUUGCUCAGAAAGGGAAAUCCAGAGUUGCACACAAUGAUUUGCAUCCCAUCAAAAGAGGAUUUCCUGCGUCUAAAUGAAGACCGGCUUUAUUGUGGCCCCCAGGAGUCCAAACACAGUGACCCGUUCAAGGCUAAGGCACGGAAACAAAAAGAAAAGAAGAAAACAGAGAAGGGUCAGAAACAAGAAAGAGGCACUGCUGGAGAGAGUCGCUGCACCAAGGGGUGUUCAGAAGUAAUUCCUGGUUUGUGGCUGGGUCCUCUCCCCAAUAUCACUGACCACUGUUCCCGGACCCUCCUUGGAUUUGUUACACAAGGAGAUUUCUCACUGGCUGCUGGUUGUGGAAGGGCUUUGGGGUUUGUUAGUUUGACUGGCCUGUUAGAAAUGCUCUCAAGUCAGCCGGCUGACAAAAGGGGGCUAGUUUUAUUGAGAACACCAGCAUCUCUUCAAUAUCGAUUUGCUAGUAUAAUUAUUGAUAUAUAAAUGCCAUUUUCGAUGACAACAAAGGACAGAUGACACCAAAGAGAAUAUCUAUAGCAUACAAAGCCACACAAUUUUGAGUUUUUGCUUUUUGCUUUCCACUAUAUUGGUCACAUGAAAUUCCUUGGAAAAAUAAGCUAAAAAUCUAUCAUAGUGUAUUAUUUAAAUGAAGUGCUAAUUCAUCAUGCCAUAUGUUUACAUUAUUCAGUGAUGUUGGUUUCCAUCCUUUGCUACCUUUUCCUUUAAAAUUCUGGCCUAUACAACUAAAGUUAUUAGUAUUGUGAUUUUUUUGGUCUGUAUAUUUUUUUGCUUUGAAAUUAUUGAAAGCUAUGGUUUUCUGUCAAAGGAGCAAAAUGCUCUUUUUGAAAAGCUUUUUAGUUCAAAUGACAGUCUAGUGUGCAUUUAAUUACUGUAAAAAAAGACUCCUCUGUUUGAGUCUUUGUAUAUAACGUGGGGCACUUUGUGUGGGACAUAUUUCAGUUUGUAAUGUCACUGCUGACUUGGAGCGAGAACUUGUAACUAACUACCUUAGCCAUGGAGAAGAACCAUGACAAAUUUGUGGCUGCUGUCUUGUUUCAAAGCUCAACCUGCUUAUGGAGAAAUGAGUUGGAUUAGAGUUGGAGCAAGAACUCAAACCUGAAUUUGUAUGGCCUUUUCCCAAGCAUGACUGACCAGCGUGUGUCCUUGGAAGUCACUCAAACUUCCUGUGCCUUGUGCAUCUUCUAAAGAUUUCUCAAAGCCAUAUGUGUACAGAGAGCUACCUACCUCAGGAGGGUGAUAGCCAAAUUACAAGCUGCUCUGAAGUUAUAAAGAUAUUCUGUAAACCAUGUUUUUAUUUGCUUAUCUGCAGUCUCAUAGUGCCCAUCCAGUUUUAGGCAGCAGAGAAGGGCGAGUUUUACUGAGAACUCUUAACAUCUGUAUACUAAUGAUGCCUAAAAAUAUCAUGUGCCACCUUCUUCUUAGGGAGAAGCACAUGGGGCACCAAUGAACUUUCCCUCUGCUUCCUAUAUAGAAUUGCCCCUAUUCUCCUUUCCUCCAGCCUGGAUGCUCUUGGCUGUCCUCUGCUCCUGGUGGAGGGGCUUAGAGUGAGAUCAAGCUUGGGACCAAUUGGGAAUUUGUUUUUAUUUUGCAUGCAUGUCUAAAUAUUAAUGCAUGUUUCUGCAGAUAUAAUUUCUGCAAUAGAAUUUGGUAAUAAUACCUGUUGGGUAUUGGGAGGGAAAGGGCAUAGCAUUAUUACAGUAUUUCAUUAGGAUCUUAAACCAGCACUCCAAUUUCUUGUGAUUACUAUCUCCACAUGCUCUUCACAUUUCCUGAACAUAUUUGUAUCCAAUCAAAGUAUAAUAUUUUGACCCUUGAUAGAAAAAGAUUUGUAACUGAAUAGUGUCCAUAACAGUACUUUCAAGCCAAAUCAUGCUGUGCUGUUAUAUGUUAAUAUCUAAUUGCUUAAGACACUUUGCCAGUUGCUUCAAUUACUAGGGGAUCAGAGCUAAUGAAAUUAUCUUGAAAAUUCACUCCCAGACCACCAUCCAACAUAAUUACUUAUGGGUAAGUGGAGGAGAAGAUAAAGAUUAUUGUGGGGGAAAAGAUACAUGAAUUGGGGUAUAGAAUGACCACUGGAAAAAUAACCUAAAAGUUGCUCUGUUGGAUCAGUAGCACCAUUGUUAUGUAAAAAGGACUAUAUUAUCCUUAAGGGAGUAUAAAAGGAAAGUAAGUAAAGUGUCUUAUUAAGAAGAAGUGCUAGACGAAAGGACCCAUUUGUCUUCAUUCUGUUUAUUAGAAUCCAAUGUUUUUGUGUCCUACCUAUGUGCUCAUUUGUUUAACACUAUCCUAGAAAAUAGAAGUAUAAGACAAGAGCUUAUCUUGUUGGACAGAUGAGUUAUAGUCCAUAUACAGAGGCCAAAGGCUCCAAAUUGGAUACAACCUUAGAAUUUGGAACCAGGUCAAAAAGGUGAAAUGGAAACACUAGUAAGACCCAACAUGAUGCUUUUCCCUUUUGUAUUAAGAUUUUUUGAUCUACAAAACACCUCCACAUACAUGAGGCCUAUCUUUAACCUCCACCAACAAUCCUAUUUGAGAGGGACAAAAUGUAUUUCUUCUGCAUAAAACUCAGAUGGUGUGACUUGUCUGGGUCAUAGCCAGUAAUGCAAAGAUAGAGAACCAAAAUGCAGGUGUUACAAUUCCUAGACCAGUGUACUAACCAUACUAAAUAAAAGUGGAUCAAUUUAGCCAGCUAUAGAAAUAACCCACCUUAAGAAGUGAUUUGUAAGUUUGAUGGUAAUGAGCUCGGAUGAUCUGUUCUGAGCAGUCCACAAAUAGAUAUAAUUUCUUAAAUAUUUAAAGAAUUGAUUUGAAUUGUGUGGAUGACCAACUUAUAUUUGUUGGUCCUCAAAUGAUAGCUGGACAGUCCUUCCCUGGCCCUUGUCUUCAAAAUUUUUCCAACCUACUGUGGAAUUUCACUAGUAUAGCUUUUGAAAACUCCAGGGGUCACUGCGGUAUUAGAAUAAACUCAUUGACAGAUAGAUGCCAUUUAUACUUUGAUGGCUCUGUGAUCUCAUUGGCAUGUGGGUACUCUGUAAUACAGGUUGUAAUCCAGCCAUGCCUUCUCUUGAAUGAUUUCUUUCCUUGUCCUGUAAAUUCACUCAUGUGCUGGGACUUCCCCUAGACCCCUUUGACAUUAUGUGAAUACCAGUGGAUCAUGCAAGCUAUCAGUGACUUUUGGCUGGCCUUGUGCAUUUCUUUGUUGGACGAAUUUGUCCCUGUUGUUACAUCUUUCAAGGAAUCUUGUGUGAUUUUUGACAUAUCUCGGAGAUACCUUGUUGGAGGAUAGCCUUUAGGGAAGCAUUUUGUCCUAAAUUAUUAAUAUAAGAUAAACUGUAAUCUUGGAAAUUGUAAAAUGAGGUUUAGAAAAAAAAGUAAGUCUUUGGAUCAAUGUUUUUACAAUGCUGCCUGAGGGUAGAAUGUUCUGAUUCUAAACAAUCAGUAUUUGUUCUUUAAAAAUACCUGUAGAGGGAGAGAAUUCAUCAGGUUACCACAGCUCAAUGGACACAGCCCUUUCACAUUGAGCAACCAUCUGAUGUGUCAUUUGGUCUCCUGAAUGAAUGUAUUCUGAGGAAGGGCAUCUGUUUUGUGCAAAUGAUCAGUAUCAGUUAUCUUGCUAGAUGGCUCAUUAUAAAUGAAUAAAUUAACAUUCUGGAUUAUUGAAUCA